AUGGACACUGGGAGCAUUGGUCCCAUCACCACCAUGUCCUCUUUCAAAAACACCUUUGGAGAUUUCUCGGCUACAAUCCACGGUGUUAUCGUCUCCACGAUUCUUAUCCCUGGAGCUUUGACAGCCCUUGUUGCUGGUGCUCUGGCGCAUCGCUUCGGACAUGUCAGACUCAUCGCCAUAGGCUCUAUCAUUUUUGGCAUUGGUGCCGCUAUCGAAUGUGGUGCGCCCUACCUCGGCGUCUUCAUCUUUGGCAGACUUAUAAAAGGCAUUGGCGAAGGCCUCUUUUUGAGUAAUGUCUAUGUCCAAGUCUCAGAAAUGUCGCCAUCUCGUGUGAGAGGCAUCAUGACUGCGUUACCGCAAUUCCUUAUCACUUCUGGUAUUGUGACUGGUUACUUCACAUGCUAUGGGACAUCACGAUUGGGCGAAUCUUCUGUCACUUGGCGUCUACCAUUGGCAAUCGUUGCUUUUCUCGGAGUCCUUUUCUCUAUGGUGGCUUUCAUUGUUCCACCUUCUCCAAGAUGGCUUCUUUCGAAAGGACGGAUGGAAGAAGCAAGACUUGUAUGCAGACAACUCGGGAUCGAUGAGGUCGAGGAAAAAGAACUCCUCGCUCAAGAUUACGACGCACCUGUUGGUCUGAAUGGCGAAACAACGCUCUGGCAAGACAUUCAGAAUACCUUCAAAGAUUUUAGAUGCGCAUUCUCAGCACCUUACCGAGCUCGAACAGGCUUUGCAUGUUUUCUCAUGGGAAUGCAGCAGUUCAGCGGUAUUGACGGAGUUUUAUACUACGCUCCCAUUUUGUUCACACAAGCUGGUCUCAGCGGCGAAAAGGCUUCCUUCCUAGCAUCCGGCAUCUCGGCUGUUGUGAUUCUCGCUGCUACGCUUCCGGCAACCAUAUUCGCGGAUAGAUGGGGCAGACGCAUGCAGAGUAUUCUCGGCGGUGUAUUGAUCGUUGGUCUGAUGGUGAUUAUGGGUUCACUUUACGCAGCUGGACAAGUCCACCCUGAUCAUGGCCCUGGACGAUGGGUUGUUAUUGUCUGCAUCUAUCUGUUCGCUAUUGCGUUUAGCUUCACAUGGGCUAUCGGGUUUCGAACAUGGGUUGUGGAAAGUAUGCCGAGGCGGACGAGGAGCAGUGCCUCGAGUCUCGCGCAGAGUUCAAACUGGUAUCCUGUUCCAGAAACUUCAUUGCCAAGUAAUAUGCUGCACCAUACUGGCCAGAUUGUCAAGAUGGUGCACGCUCGCGGGUCGAGAAAAGAGACACCACCAGAACUUGUUGCAGGCCACUCUGAGUACAUGGGCUAA